AUGCUCACCGUACUUCAUUCCUUGUUAAUUGACCAAAAAUUUCUUUGGUGGUGUAACAACUGCUUAUUUGUUUCCAAAAUUUCAGAAACGGAACAUAUCGCAUGCCAUGACUGUUUGAGUAACAAUCCAUCCUGCAAGGAUAUAUGCCAUGGGAAAUACUGCUACAAGGCGGAAUUCAUCGCCGAUGGUGUUACAACCAUCAAACGUGGUUGUCUCAAUCAAACAGAUGAUGGUUUUCCGGUUCGCGGAUGUGAUGAAGCACCAUCCGAUUUACCUGGUUCCGAUGUGAAAGCUACUGAAAGGAUGUGUAUUUGUCAAUCAGAUCGGUGUAAUAACGCUGCUCACUUGUCUUUUACAUCUGUUGUAUUAGGUUUAUCUGCUCUGUCUAGAUUUUUAAGCGCUUUGUGUUGA